UAGCAUUGCAAAACAUAUUUUUGACUCGCAUGUUUCAUAAAAAUUCACAAUUAACCUUUCUUUUUCUGAAUUAUUUGCUAGCAUACAAACAGUCUCAUUCGGUUCAUAGUGAUGGCUGGAGAAUCGAUAAUAACCUGGAAGUGCCGGCUGGAGAAUAACAAACAUGGCCGACUAACGGGACUGUGUUGUGCUGGCAGUGUUCGAAAGCUGUGUAUCGCAAGAUCUUAACGUCAGAACGUCGCUGUAGUUAUAUUUAUGGCCUCGUCUACCAACAUGUGGUAAUGAUACGUAUCGAGAGAAUAACGCAAUGGCUUUUAAGACUAUUUUCACGGAGUGUUUGUACUUUUACUGAAUGGAGAAUGAAGACGAAAUGGAGAUUCUUUUUUGCCGGUGCCCUGGCUGUUGUGCUGUUUGGAUCCUACAAAAUUUUGGAACCAGAAUUGUUUCGUCAAGCUGAACCAUAUGAUCCUUGGAAUAAACAGCCUUUCGAAGCUGGAAAAGAUCUGAAAGAUGGACCUAAAGAAAUCAUAGUGAACCGUCCUUUUGAACUCCGGCCAGAUGUUGUGAUGAAUGGCAAUGUGGAAGUGGAUCCAGGUGCCGUCUCUGUGGACAAGGUCAUCAAGUCCAUGGUGGAUCGAUUCACGCCCUUACACUCCUACAAGAUCCACGAGUCUCCAUGGGAUAUUGCCGCCAGCUGGGUUGGCCCGCGUCAGAUUCAUCGUGAAAAUGCUCCCCAACUAG